AGGUCAGUUUCGCAUUCUGCCGCAAUCCAGAAACCCCGCCAGCAAGAAUACUCUAAAAAAUAACCGACAGUUCAGCUUCAGCUGGAAACCUUAAGAUAAACAUGCGAUAAUAACAAUCUGUGCAUAUUUUACCAAAUAAAGUCGCACAAUUAAGCAACGAGGUCAAAGGGCUAAAAAUUACGCCAAUCUGGCAUCAUUCAAGUGAUGUUUAUGGGGCAAAAUUAAGUAGUAUCAAACAAUAAGUGUAAUAAGUAAUAAUAAGUAAUAAUAACAAAACACACAAGUGUAGUGUUGGUCAGGGGCUCCAGUGUCAGGUCAGUUAUCGGCGCCAAAAUAUUACUAUAUGCUGUAGCAUUUUCUCCAAACAAACUUCAGGUAUUUGCGGGCGAAAAUGUGCGAAAGCAAAUUGCAAUCGGACUGCGCUUGUGUGACCAGCAAAAAAAUCAACUUGGAUGAGCCGCGCUAUGAUCAAGAGUUCUAUUUGGGGCGGGCAAAGCACUUCUUCCAAACCACCAAUCCCCGCAACUUGUUCGUGAGCAGUCGAAAACUCGACGAAGCCAAAUGCUUGAUUCAAUCAUACAAAUGCGGCGAAAAGUUGCCAAGUGGAACCGGUGAAGAGGAUUUGUGGCGCGCCAAAAUCCUUUACGACUCUGCCUUUCAUCCCGACACUGGAGAAAAGAUGGUGUUGCUGGGACGAAUGUCUGCUAAAGUUCCAAUGCAUAUACUCAUAACAGGCGGAAUGAUCACAUUCUACAAAACAGCGCCAGCAGUGGUUUUCUGGCAAUGGCUCAACCAGUCCUUCAACGCCCUGGUCAAUUACACUAACAGAAGUGGCGACAUCGUCCAAACAGACAAGUAGGCACACCGUCCUCUCCCAUCGCCUGCAG